AUGGGCCGCUUCACAGAUUCUUGGUGGAGGCAGUUCGACACUCCGACGGACGGGUUCGUGGACCCCCAUGGCUUCGUGAACCGGCUCCCUCUGAGAUUGGAGUCUACCGAGGUGAUUGUCCAUGGGCUGGUCGACGCCAAAAAGAUGUGGGCGGACUUUCCUGGAGAGCCGUACCACCCCAUAUUGGUCGGCGGCAAGUAUUUCGAGACCUGGUACAACUCCUACGUCACACCGAAGGACAAGCCCCAGGUAGAGCUGCCAGCCGACGGGGGGCCAAUGGCAGCCCUCCUGCACGAGGGAUCCAUCAGCUACCUGCAGAGGGUGGUUUGCAGCGACACCCCGCAGAACCCGGGGGCAGCCCUGAAGGCCAUCGGCAGCGGCAAGGGCCUCUGGGGCUUCCCGAAGCACCCGGUGCCUGGCUCCAUCGACUUGAGAUACCAGGAGGAGGGAGGCAAGCGGUGCAGGUUCACCUUCGACGCCGAGCACCGCGGCAAGACCGUCGUGUCCUUGGGUGUGCGCCUGCCCGAGGCAGACGAGGGCGCCAUGGAGAUCCCGCUCGAGGUCCAGACCGCGCCGGACGCCAACAUUGGCGGCCCCGUGUCCGAGGGCAUGCAGGUGCGGUACGGAACCGCGGUCAAGUGCACGCAGUUCGUGAAGCCGUGGGACGCGUCGGUGGACAGCAUCACGUUUGGCGACGACCCACACUACGGCCUCAAGAUCGCGAGCUGGGACUUCGUGCCAGUCUUGAAGGUCCACAGCCCAGACUUCAAGAUCUGUGCAUUCAAGCCAGUAAACUGGAUCUCUGGUGCGGACGCAGCAGCGGCAGCGCAGGAGCACGAGCGCCGUAUUGCAGCUGGCGAGUCGAAGGGCGUGCUCUGA